UUCCGGAAGUGACGUACGAGAUCGCUGGGGUCAAAGUUGACAAACACCUUGACGACUUCCUUUCCUGUUAGCGGCGGCCGUAGAACAGCAUCAGAAUGGGCAAGUUUAUGAAGCCUGGGAAGGUGGUGAUGGUCCUAGCUGGACGCUACGCCGGGCGCAAAGCUGUCAUCGUCAAGAACAUUGACGACGGCACCACCGACCGCCCUUACAGCCACGCUCUGGUCGCAGGCAUCGACCGCUAUCCCCGCAAGGUGACCACAACCAUGGGCAAGAAGAAGAUCGCCAAGAGGUCCAAGAUCAAGGCCUUCGUCAAGGUGUUCAACUACAACCACCUCAUGCCCACCAGAUACUCUGUGGAUAUUCCUCUGGACAAAACUGUUGUCAACAAGGACGUCUUCAGGGAUCCUGCUCUCAAGCGCAAAGCCAGGCGGGAGGCCAAGAUCAAGUUUGAGGAGAGGUACAAGACGGGCAAGAACAAGUGGUUCUUCCAGAAGCUCAGAUUCUAAAUUCACUUGGUUUCACAAAUAAAUGUUUAAAAAUGGA